AUGGUCAUCACCAUCUUCUCCGUCUUCUUCUUCUUCUUCAUCCGCGCUCCCGGUGGGUUUUCGUCGUCACCUGCAGGCGACCCCAUGCCGAUCGCAAGGGUGCUGGAGCGAACCCUGAAAAUGCAGGGAUUCAGGAUUCCCACAUGGCCACCACAUGUUGCGCUGCGUUGCGUCUCCUUGCGUCACCAAUUCGGCUUCAGCGGAUCGGCUCGCAAGUACAUCUUGGACCCUCUCACUGCUCCUGAACCCAGCGAAGAGACUGGCCUUGGAUCUUCUCACUACAACCCGCACCGCAUCUCUCUGCAGGCUCUACCGUCUCACACCCGCCAGCGACCGGCAAGCCCAGCUUCAAGCUCAAGCUCAAGCCUAGAUCUUCCCGGUAGAUUCGCAGCCUCAUAUCCUACACCUCCUUGUACAGGCAACCCCGAGCACAAAUUCAGCCAAAGAAAACGGCUGCCGCCUCCACCCUCUGCGAAUCCCACGGCUCAAUACAGCGUCAGCAGCCAUUGCCGUCUAAUGAUGCGGACUCCCAACGCUGCCAGCCCGGAAGGUCAUUACCAUCCGACAAAUCCGUUUGCUUCUGGACAGCAGUCCGGGAAGCAUGCCUCUAUGAACCCGCAUGGCCGCAGCAACUCGGAAUUGGCCAACUAUGGCCAGCCCGGAGCUCACAAACAGGCCCACCGCCGUCAUCGCACUCAGUCUCUUGGCGAGCGCUUCCCCGGAGACAUGUCGCAUCGUCCCUUGGAUAUUAUUAUCAACGACACCCGCGCUGCUGACCGGCAACGCCGUCACCGGCCUCGCGUUUCUGAAACCGACAUCAUUGAUGCUCUCGAUACAAUCGGCGGCAUGUAUCACCACGGCGGGCCAUACGAUGCCACCCUCCGGAGCCGAAACCUUGACCCCAGAACCUCGCCGGUUGCUGCGGUGCAGGAGUCCAACAUGGCGGCCUUGCGGGCUACACCUCGGGAAUACGUCAUGGACAGCCUCCGGCAUCACGUUCCCCUCCAGGGUACUUCAACCAUCCCCUCAGGAGAUUAUGACUAUCGCGGGUCUCGGAUGAGCUAUGAAGAAGGCGCUGAUCUCAUGAGGGAACCGGAUGCUCCUGGUGGUCCCUACAAGCGCUGGGCUGACACUAAAUAUCAUCCGGACGACCUCAAAGGAAAAGGAGAGCCCUCUUACUCCCUUGAGCGAGCGCUAAAGGAGAAGAAGCGUGCCAAGGACGGAGAGCCCGAUGAGAUUGAGAUGCAGACCGGCUUACGCCAUCACAAUCAUCAUUCUAAAUCCAGGCAUCAGCGCAGCAUGACUGUUGCGCUGCGUGGGAGCUCUUCGGCCACUGGCAAUGCCUACAACAACUCCGAACUUGAGCGUCGAAACUCGACUGGCAAGAAACUGAGUGACAGUCUGAAACGGCGAUGGGGCAGCAUUCGCGGUAGGAAGUGA